AUUUCGUUCAGAGUUUCUAAUCUGACUCUGUUCUGAAAUCAAUCUUUGAAUACUCAUCAAUCAUCACUCAGCAUUUUGAGAUUUUUAAUUUCUGGGUUUUCGAAUUCGAUUCGUUAAGAAUAUUCAUUAUUAUUUUUAAAGUUUUUAAUAUGUUUUUCCCCCUAAGUCACGGCAUUGGAAAAAAGGAAGAACACAGCUGUGUUCCUUGCUUCAUGCCCGAGAUUAAGCAAUAAAUUAUUUAUUUCUUUAUAUAGAAAAAUAUAUAUAUAUAUAUAUAUAUAUAUAUCGAAUCAAUGCAUUACUAUAAAAUUACCUACUCUUUUUGACAGUAUCUGAAUUGAAACAUCAUCCAACCAAACUUCAAAACUCUCCUCUAUUAAAUCAUCUUAAUCCCAUUCUCUACUUUUUUCUUAUUCCCAACCACGUGAUUUUUGAUUCGAUUAUUAGUAUUAUUGUUGUGAGAUUGCAUUAUCUCUGGAGACGAGGAGGCGUUAGCUGUAAUACAUUGCUUUGCCUAUUAAAAGCCGUCACAUAAAGUUAAAGUAAACUCACAUAUAUAGACACCACUUUUUGCGUAUAUAUUGUGUGUGUUCUUUCGUCUCUGUUGGGAACAGAUCUUGAUUACAGAUUCAUGUCAUCCAAGAUCGUCUCUUAGGUGAUGAGAAGUGGUUAAGGGUUUUGUUUCUUCAGCUUCCAGUCUGAUCUAAAGUGAGAUACUUUGGUUUGUUUUGGAGUCUUGUCUUAAUCUGGUUGAGAUAAUGGGAAUGAGUCUCGAAUUCGAUGUUGAUCUCGAGAAAGGGAUGGUAGAUUGCGACAAUGUUUAUACAAAAGCACCGGAGAAGCCCAUGUCUCCGGAUAACAAACCGGUUAACACCGGAGAAGAAUCUGUCAUCGGUUCGUUAGAGAGUGAUGCAAGUCCGGUUCAAUGUGGGAUUAGUAAACCGGGAUGGGGGAGAAGUGAUCGCAAGGAGAAACGCAAGAAAUCCGCGUCGAAGCCCCCGCGACCGCCGCGUGGACCGUCUCUUGACGCAGCGGAUCAGAAACUUAUCAGAGAGAUCGCUGAAUUGGCGAUGCUGAAACGCGCUAGGAUCGAACGUAUGAGAGCGUUGAAGAAAUCGAGAGCGGCUAAAGCUGCGUCUGCGGCUUCUUCUCUCGGCAAUGUAUUGGCCACUCUUUUCACCGCUAUUUUCUUCUUCGUACUCGUUUUCCAAGGAUUGUCACCGAGAUCAGCCGGGAAGCCUCACUUAGUAGACGCCGGAAAAGCCAACGGUGGGUUUGUUUCGGUUCAAUAUGCGGGAAAUCCAUCGGCAAGUGAACCGGAUGGAGGUUAUACCGGACCGGCUUUAGCACACAGAUAUCCUCGUAGUUUACUAAAACCGGUUUCCGGUUUGGAGAAUGAAAAGAAGAGUUCACAGUGAACCGCAACAAAAAAAGGUUUUAGGAUUGGAAAGUCCCAUAUACUGGUUUGAUCAAACCAUUUAUCGGUUUAGAUUGUCGGUGAACCAUGUACUCAUAUAUCAUACCGAUAAUUUUUUGGGGGAAAAAACAGAAUCGGCUGCUUUAUCAGCGGCUGUAAUUAUCCGAUGUGGGUAAGAUUAGUUUUGCGUCGUUUUCUUCAAUAAACUGAGAGAGAACUAUAAAGGUUACUAAUAAUAAUAAAAAUCAGUGUUAUGUUAUUCAA